GCCACACACCAUCCCGGUGCCUCAGCCAACACCUACAACCAUGAGGACUCUGAUCGUCGUCGUGUUGGCCGCCUUCGUGUCAGCCAAAGAUAAGCGGGAGGCUGAGCCUUCGUACGGCAGCGGUCAUGGUCAUGGCCUGGGCCAUAGCAUCGGUCUUGGGCUGGGACAUGGUUUCGGCCAUGGUCAUGGGCUGGGACAUGGUUUCGGCCAUGGUAAUGGGUUAGGACAUGGUUUUGGCCAUGGUAUUGGUCAUGGUGGAGAUCACGGGCAUGGGCAUGUAGUUGUCACUGAAACAGUGCAUGUCGAUCAUCAUGGUGGGCAUGGUGGCCAUCAUGGUGGCCUCAUUGGGGGAUAUGGUGGUCAUCAUGGUGGCCACAUUGGAGGUCACCAUGGUGGUCACGUUGUUGUAAGUCAUGGUGGUCACCAUGGUGGCCACAUUGGAGGCCAUGGUGGUCACCAUGGUGGCCACAUUGGAGGCCAUGGUGGUCACCAUGGUGGCCACAUUGGAGGCCAUGGUGGUCACCAUGGUGGCCACAUUGGAGGCCAUGGUGGUCACCAUGGUGGUCACGUUGUUGUAAGCCAUGGUGGUCAUCAUGGUGGUCACAUUGGAGGCCAUGGUGGUCAUCAUGGUGGUCAUAUUGGAGGCCAUGGUGGUCAUCAUGGUGGUCACCUUGUAAGCCACAUCCACGGACAUGGUCACGGUCACGGACACGGUUAUGGCCACAGCUAUGGUCAUGGUGAGGUACAGUCAUACGAAAUUGGACAUGGCCACGGAUAUGGACACGGAGCAGCCUAUGGAUACAAGGCCGCCGUGGAGCAUCCUGGCCACGGUCUCUCCUUCCAGAGGAAACACUCCUACGUCAGCCCCUACCACAGCCUAGGGUACGGUCACGGCGGACACAGCUACGGAUACGGACGUGGUGGCUACGGACACCACUAAGUACACCCGCUACAUGUGCUGUAUUUAUGUUAAUAAAUCAAUUAUCUUUCA